UUUCAAAUACUUCUUGAAUGAGACAUUGUUUACAACAGAUCUCAUUCUAGUAUUAUCAAUUUUAUAGCCAAAUAAAUACAUUUAAUCAUGUUGGAAUAUGAAAAUGAGAUGUUAUUAGAAAUAUUGCAGGAGGAUGGCUUAGUAAUUACAGCAAAGGGUCUGGGGAUAGAGACUGUAUUUGUAAAUAUAUUAAAAGUCUACUUAGAUCCUGGAAAUCUUGUUAUUGUUUUGGGAACAUUGGAAACCGAUGAAAAUUACUUCAUAGAUGAAUUAAAAAGUUUAGGUACGAAAACUUUACCUCGUAUUGUAUCAGGUCAAUGUUUAUCUAAUGAAAGAGAACAGAUGUAUCUGGAAGGUGGAGUAUUAUUUAUACCAGGCAGAAUUUUGGUCGUAGAUUUAUUAAAAAAUAGAGUUCCAUUGCAUUUAGUUACUGGAAUUCUUGUAUAUAAAGCUCAUAACAUUUUACGUUUGUAUCAAGAAGCGUUUGCAGUGAGAUUGUAUAGACAAACAAAUAAGACAGGUUUUAUCAAAGCAUUUUCUAAUUCGGCAUUAUCUUUUACUUUUGGCUUUUCUAACGUGGAACGCGUAAUGAAAACUCUUUUUAUUAAAAAAUUAUAUCUAUGGCCUCGCUUUCAUAAAAUUGUCAAUAACAGUUUGUCGAAACGUAAGCCUGAAGUUUUAGAAUUUCACGUAAAAAUUACAGUUAAAAUGUUACACAUACAAACCGCUUUAUUAGAUGCAAUGAACUAUGUGGUGAAAGAAUUAAAACGUAUUAAUAAAUAUUUAGAUUUAGAAGAAUUGACAGUUGAAAAUGCAAUAGCUAAGAAAUUUCACAAACAACUCCAAUCACAAUUAGACCCUGUUUGGCAUCAACUUAGUUCUACAAGUAAACAAUUGCUAUCUGACUUGAAAACAUUACGAGGACUCCUCGUGUCCUUAACAUACAAAGAUUGUGUAUCAUUUUAUUCUACGUUAAAACAUUUACGAACUAUGGAAUAUGCUAUGAAAAGUUCUGGGUGGUUAAUGUUGGAUGCAGUAGAGAAUCUGUUUAAAUUUGCAAAAGAAAGGGUUUAUACAGACAAAAAUGAAUUAAAGCCAGAACCAAAUCCAAAAUGGAUAGCAUUAAGUGAAGUAUUGCUUGAAAUCCAACGAGAUAAAAAAAAAGAUGAUGCCGAUAAUGAUAGUCCAGAAAAAAUUCUUAUUUUAGUUCAUGAUAAUCAAACAUGUUAUCAAUUGAAAAAUUAUUUAACUAUUGGAGCCAAUGAAUAUUUACUUAAUGAAGCACAUAAAAAAUUACGAAAUGAUAAUCUUCCCAAAUCAAAUAAUAUUGCCAACAAUGACGAAAAAUCAAUCACAACUGAAUCUGAAAAUGAUGAAGAGAUAAUGCAUACGCAAGAUAGUUAUGUCUUAACAUUAUCGCAAAAAGCUGCUAUAGAAAGUCAAUCUAUUGCUCUAGUAAAUGAAGAUGAAGAUGAGCAUCAUCAAACUUUAUUUGAAGAAUGUUCUCAAAUGAAUGAAUUAGAUCUAACAGCAAUUGCAACAACUGCACCUAUACUCAUUGUACAAUCUUUAAAGAAAGACGGUGAUCCAAUGGCAUUACAACGUACAUUAAAAGAAUCUAAGCCUAGCAAUGUAAUAAUGUAUGUCGCUGACAUUACAGUCAUACGUCAACUGGAAAUAUAUCAAAAUAAUAAUCCUUCAAUAAAUUUGAAAGUAUAUUUUUUAAUUUAUGGAGGAUCUGUUGAAGAACAAGAAUAUUUAACGUCAUUACGACGAGAGAAAGAAGCUUUCCAUAUUUUAAUCAAUAAUAAGAAAACAAUGGUUGUACCUGAAGAUCAAGAUGGAAAAUCAGAAGAUUGCUUAAUAUUUGCUACACAGUCGGAUAAAGAAACAAUACCGAAUUCGCGCCAGGGAGAUCAAGAAAAAAAUCAGAAAACUUUUGUUAAUAAAGUCAUAGUUGAUAUGAGAGAAUUCCAAAGCGAAUUGCCAUCCAUUUUACAUUCUCGUGGUAUAAAAAUUGAGCCUGUAACUUUAACUAUUGGAGAUUAUAUUCUAUCUCCAGAAAUUUGCAUCGAAAGAAAAAGUGUAUCUGAUUUAAUUGGAUCCCUUAACUCUGGAAGAUUAUACAAUCAAGCUGUUGCUAUGUCUAGGUAUUAUCCUAAACCAAUGCUUCUUAUCGAAUUUGAUCAGAAUAAACCAUUCUGUUUCCAGGGUUGCUAUUAUAUGGGCAAAGAUGUUAACAGUUAUGCAGUUACAUCCAAAUUGCAAUUGUUGACUUUACAUUUUCCUAAACUAAAACUCGUGUGGUCACAAAGUCCUCAUGCAUCUGCACAGUUGUUUGAAGAACUGAAGAGUGGUAGAGAUCAACCAAAUGCUGAAAAGGCAGUUACGAUUGGAGUAGAUGAAAAUGCAGAAGAUAGCCAACUGAUGUUUCAAAAAUAUAAUCCUCACAUACAAGAUUUCAUUGCUAAAUUACCUGGCGUAAGUUCUAAGAAUUUAUGCGCUAUUUUAAACAAAGGAAAAUCACUCGAUCAUCUUAUUAAACUCACAGAGGAUGAAUUAGCUGAAAUAGUUGGGAACAAAAGUGAUGCACAAAUGUUAUACAACUCAAUUCAUAAAAAAUGUGAUAUGAAUGAAGAAACAAAUGCAAAAGGUGUGGGCAUUAAAAAAGUUCCAAAAGGAUUCGGUAAAAAACUUUUUUCUAAAAUAAAACAAUAAUAUGAUAAAUUCUAUUUUUCUUAAAGGUCAUUAUUUUGUAUAAUUUGGAAUGUUAAUCAAUGAUGUAUAUUCUUUAAAUUUUUUAAAUUAUAUAAAAAAAAAAUAUGGUUAUUCUAAAUAAAAAAUAAGUAUGCGAUUUGAAUAAAAUAUUAAAUAAAUGGAA